UCGUUGUCUCACCAGCAACGACCAACCGCUAGCUUGUUUAGCAUCAUUGUGGAUGAGAAGCUACGCUACGGAGACAGUGGAACGUAGCUUUACUGUACUCUCUUCGGUUAUGUAUUUCUCUUGAAUUCACACAAGUCAACAGUAGUCUUAGGCCCGGUCGAAGAUGCAGUUCAUGCUGUUGUUCAGCCGGCAGGGAAAGCUGCGCUUACAGAAAUGGUAUGUCCCCCUAUCCGACAAGGAGAGGAAGAAGAUCUCCAGAGACCUGGUGCAGACCAUACUGGCCAGGAAGCCCAAGAUGUGCAGCUUCUUGGAGUGGAGGGACCUCAAGAUUGUGUACAAGAGAUACGCGAGCCUCUAUUUCUGCUGCGCGGUGGAGGAUCAGGACAAUGAGCUGAUCACCCUGGAGAUCAUCCACAGAUACGUGGAGCUGCUGGACAAAUAUUUUGGCAGUGUGUGCGAGUUGGAUAUCAUCUUCAACUUUGAGAAGGCCUACUUCAUCCUGGACGAGUUCCUGCUGGGCGGAGAGGCCCAGGAGACGUCCAAGAAGAACGUGCUGAAGGCCAUCGAGCAGGCCGACCUGCUGCAGGAGGAGGCGGAAGCACCACGGAGCGUUUUAGAGGAGAUUGGGCUGACAUAAAUCAUCCCGCUGCCGCCUUGCAGUUCCUCCUCCCAUGCUGCAGAUGUGGCAACCCUCCACGCCUUCAUCCCGUCUUCUCCUGUUGUGCCCUGUGUCAGUGUUGUAUGUAGUAUAAUCACCAUCUAUGUACUGUAUUACUCUGUUGUGAGCUAUCCUUUUUUUAAUGUGCCAAACGUGGUUUGAAUGUGUCUCCCAUGUCAAAUAUCCCUCUCAGCAUUCUGCAGCCCUAUUAGCGUGACUUCAAAGCCCAAACUUCUUAAAACUCAGUACAAUGUAGCGGCGACAUGAAAUCCAUGUAUGUGUGUUUUGGCUUACGGGGACUUUUUAAGGUGCUGUUGCAGCCACAGAUGGUGUUUCACAGUUAUGUGUCCAAAUGCAUGAAGAAAAGCCCCCCAGGGAGGGUCCUUUUUAAUAACAUUCUAAAGAGGUUAGUAUAGAUCCAGCAAAGAACCUUUCUGGACUAGUUAUU